UCCGGCAUCCUCUCCACUCCCGCUGCUCCCUCGGCACCGGCUGGGUGAUCCCGUUUUCCCGCAGAGAUGUCUCUGAACCAGAUGCAAAUCAAGCAGGAGCUGCAGCUCCCCCCCGGCCUGGGUAAAACCACCCCAAAACAGAGUCCGGAGCACCCCCAAAUCCCGGUGCCCGCCCCCUGCCCCGAGCCGCUCCCGGCAGUGGCGAAAUUGCCGGAAAAGGCGACCCCAGAACCGGGAAAAGGGGAAGCUGCCGUGCCCCAGUGCCCGCCCCAGGAGCAGCAAACCCAAUUCCCUCCGGCAUUCCCGACCCCCGAGCCCGCUCCGCACCUGGAAGAGAAAUCCUGCCCGGAACCGACGCUGGAGAAGCAGGAGGCCAAGGAGAUCCCGGUUCCCGCUCCCGUUCCCUGCUCCGAGGCUGCGCCGUGCGCCCAGGAGAAGCAGCAGUGCCAGGAAAUCCCGGUGUCCAUCCCAGAAAAACAGGAGUGCAAGGAAAUCCCGGUGUCCAUCCCAGAAAAACAGGAGUGCAAGGAAAUCCCGGUGUCCGUCCCAGAAAAACAGGAGUGCAAAGAAAUCCCGGUGUCCAUCCCCGAGCCACACCCUGACCCUGUCCCGUGUUCCCAGGAGAAGCAGCAGUGCCAGGAAAUCCCAGUUUCCAUCCCUGAUCCUGCCCAGGAAAAGCAGGAAUGCAAGGAAAUCCCGGUGUCCAUCCCAGAAAAACAGGAAUGCAAGGACACCCCUGUCCCCAUCCCAGUUUCAUGCCCUGAACCCAUUCCAAGCUCCCAGGAAAAGCAGGAAUGCAAGGAAAUCCCGGUGUCCAUCCCAGAAAAACAGGAAUGCAAGGAAAUCCCGAUGUCCAUCCCGGAAAAACAGGAAUGCAAGGACACCCCUGUCCCCAUCCCAGUCCCAGUCCCAGACCCCGCCCCGUGUUCCCAGGAAAAGCAGGAAUUCCAGGAGAUCCCGGAGCAGCGCUCCCUUCCCGAGAAAUUCCCUCCCCUGGAGCAGCAGCUGGAGCAGCCCGGCCCGUGGCAGAAGUAGAGGGAAAAUCCCGGUCCUGGAGAUUUUCUCCCCGAAUCCAGAGGUUUUUCCAAACCUUUUUUUUUUUUUUUCUUUUUUAAACCCCUGCAGAGCUUUUGUCGGGAAUUCCUUCCAGCCGCCCCUCCCGCUAACGCCUUGUCCGUUACUAACAGCAGGGAAUUCCCGUCGGGAAUGCUUUCCAACAGGGUUGUAGCUCUUCACCUUCCCAAAUUCCUGCCCUUUUCCCCAGUCUCGCGGCUUUGGAAUGCCCAGAAAGCACCCCCCCUCCCAAAAAAAAAAAUCAUGGAGCAAGGCGGGGUUCGUGAAGUUAAAGAAAAAAAAGCCCCAAAUCCAGGGAAGAGCUCGUCCCCUUUCUCCCCCUGGAUUCCAGCUCCCACCUGGAAUUUGGGAAGUUUUUCCCUAUAAAUAAUCAGGUUUGUGUGGAAUCUGCCGCCAAAACGCUCAAAAAUUCCCAAAUCGGGAAUUAGUCCCGAUUAUUUGGUGGAAUGAAAAAAUAAUCCUUUAGGACUGAGGGAGAGAAAAAUGAAGAUUUUUAGGAUAGAUCCGAUUUUGGUGGAAUUAAAAAGAAUCCUUUGGGAUUGAGGGAAAAAAAAAAAGGAAGAAUUUUAGGAUAAAUCCGAGCUCGCUCUCCCCUUGAAUUUCCUCGGAGGUGUCAAAGAACAGCUCAGGCCGUGAAUAUUCCAUAAUUACCCAAAUUUAUGGAUAAUUAACUCCACUCCAGACAUGUUUGGGAAGGGAUUAACCCCGGGCGUGGCGAUAAAGGAGGAAUUCCAGCCGGGAAUGUUUCGCCACCUGCAGGUGUUUGGGACUUUGUCUGGUGAUUGUUUUCGGCUGCUGUUGCAUCCAGGAUUUAUUUCACUGUGAAAAUUCCACAAUAAAAGCGACUUUGAGUGCCGA